AUAUUUAUUAAUGAUGCUCAUUUUGGUACAUCUUCUCACUUUAAAUAAUAUAAUGCAAUGGCUGACAUAAUCCCAUCCGAACCUCCCCCUCAGAAAGAAAAGAGGUCUCGAUCUAAAUUUAAGAAAUCAAGAGGGGCGUGUCUCACUUGCAAGUAUGUUACAAUUUCCAUUGUUCUCUACAACAUAUGCCAUCUUCUCAUUUCAAGUAUCGUGAUGAGCACAUUUACCCCGUGUUUCUGAGGGGCGUCAAGAACAGCUAGCACAGCUUUCAUGACGACAAGCAAAUGUACAAUUCUGUUAUUUCCAAUUCUCCUGCAAUUGCAGAUUCACAAGCACAAACUCAGAAACUAUGAAACAAUUACAGAGUAGCUAAACCACAACCCAAACUCAAGGAUCCGCCAUAUAAAAUGUGACGAAAGCAAACCAAAAUGCCAAAAAUGCAGUAGCACGGGUCGAAUCUGCGAAUACCACUCUCCACACCAUACCGCCAUGAUCCUCUCACCAAAUCGCAUCUCCAUCAACCCAGGUCUUACUUCUACACGCAGUAGUAAAGAACAUCGAUAUUUCGAUCACUUUCGUCAUCGAACCUUAUUCGGCUUGAUGGGCGUGAAUGCCGAUUCCGACUUUUGGCAUCGAAUGAUCCUUCAGCUCAGUGAAGCAUAUCCCGCGGUUCUUCAUGCCGUAAUUGCGAUUUCGGUUCUGCAUGAAUAUUUAUGCAAUCCCUCGUAUGCGACCCAACGGGUUUUUCUUCAGCAAUAUAAUAAAUCAAUUCGAUAUAUUCGUGCUCUGGAAUCCGAGGAUGAGAUUCAAGUUACGUUAACAUGUUGCAUUAUAUUCGUCUGUUUGGAAAAUGCGCAAGGAAAUCACGGAAAAGCACUCGAACAUUUGGAAAAUGGAUUGAAGAUAUACAAUACAUGGAAAGCGCAAGAUGCAGCCCCAGCAAUAAAACAAGCACAGGAAAAUAUUCUCGAAGUCUAUACCCGUUUCGACGUCCAAGCAACCUCCUUUUGGGAUUCGCGCAAACCCGUUUUAAUGUACGAUAGUGAUAUUCAAGAACCCGAAUGCGGUGAUUGUUUCCCCAAUCUCCAUGCUGCGAGUCUCGCGCAGCAAUACUACGAGCUUCGCAUUUUCUACGUCCUUACCGCCGUAUCUCCCAAACCAUCCGAUUCCCAUGGCCAACAACAACUCCAAAACCCCGCUAACUCCGAAGCCCCAUUCCCCCACCGCACCAAACUCCUCCACGCCUUCAACACCGGAAUGUUAAACUGGAAACGUGCAUUCGACGGCCUAAUCCGAAGCUCCUUCCCAACCUGGAAUCCCCGAGAAAUCCACCGCAGUCUCCUCCUACAACUGCACUACCAAACACUCUCCCUAAUCGUCGAUCUUCGCGUCCAUUCCCACCUUACAACAAACUCAUCAGAAAUUCCUGUUUCCGAAUAUCGACGAUUCCAAACCAUCAUUGAUAUUUGCCGAUCUGUUCUCUCACACGCGAGUUCGGAAUACAACAAUGCGUUUCUCACGGCGGAUGGAGGAGUUAUCGCCUCGUUAUAUUUUAUAGCCAUGUCGGCACCAGAUCCUCAUUUAUAUCAGCAAGCAAUCGCGCUCCUUCGAUUGGUGAAGAAAAAAGAGGGGUUUUGGCAGCCGGAAGAGGUUUUGAGGGUUGCGGAGGAGGUUGCGAGGAGGAGAGAGGGCAUGGGUGAGGAUUUAAUUGGUGGGGUGGACGGCGCGGGAGUUACGGGUGUGAAGUUUCGCACUGAGUUGUUUCCUGAGGCGAAGAGGGAGGGGAAGGUGGAAGUGGACGCGGAGCUUGCUCAUGAUUUGGAGAGGGAUAUGACGUUUCGAGAGGAAAUAAUGAAAGAGGUUAGUGAUUUUAUUUGUGAAGAACUUCCUUUUGAUGAUACUUUUAGGGGUGAUUGAUGUACUUGAUUUUACGGAAUUAUGAUUCAUGAGUCUAAGUGGUGAUAUGAAUAUUGAUGUUGAUAUUACUGGCCAUGGAGUGAGUACCUUUCCUAGGGCUAGGUAGUUAAACUAGGUGGAUAUAAGCCAUUAACCAUAUCAUAUAAAUCAUAUAUCGAAAGUAUA